AUGGCGUCACUUUCGGGGACGGAUAUCUUUGCACAAGUGCUCUGCGUACUGUCGAUGGUCCUCAAGCUGCAGCUACUCCUCCUUUACGAACGAUUACCGCGUGAACAAAAGAACUUUCAUUUCUAUUUGCUAUUGAUUUCGUCUUUGUGUUUCGCCACCGUAUCGCUGUUCCUGAGUUUUGGUGACUUCAUCUCGAGAGACAUUCUUCGCUGCAAUUCCAUACCCACAACCGUCGCAUUUGUGCUCUUCCAGAAUGUUAGCGAUGCCAGCCUCGUUGGUUAUGGAAUGGCGUUUUUCCUGAGAUUUAAAUCGCUGACUGUUGUAAUGAUCGCAAUGAUCGGUGCCCUGUUUUGUUCUUCGCUUGAGCUGGUGCUCACCUACAAUAGCGAAACAAAUGUUCUGCCAUGCCAUGGGUCGUUCGUCUCGUCGAAUAGUGGCGCCCUGGCAGUUGUCGCCGUACAGAUGAUCCUGCUCAUCGUCAUCGUCGUGCUACUCGUCGCAGCACUCAUGUGCAAACACAAAGAAGAACAUGAUGAGCACGUAAUUGCCGGCUCAACCAAGUCAGUUGUGAGCAUUUUGCUUGUCGGUGCUUUGGCGACAGUUUGUGUCAUCAUUCUGUCAAUCUCUCACCAUCAGAGCACAAAAUAUCUAUUCACUUACAGUAACCUGGUGAUUGUCAUUUUCUUUUUGUUGCCUGUGUAA